CCUUACGAAAUGACUGGUCCUCUUAAGAAUGUUGUCGUUAUUGGCGGCUCAUAUGUUGGCUUGGCCGCCGUCAAAGAAUUAGCAACCCUUCUACCCAUCACCCACAGAGUCCUCUUGGUGGAGCCGCACAGUCAUUUCCAUCACCUCUUUGCUUUUCCGCGCUUCGCAAUCGUGUCCAGUCACGAGCACAAGGCCUUUAUCCCCUACUCUGGGUCCUUUGCUUCGCUUCCAAACUCCUCUCAGCAUGCUGUCGUGAGAGCACGAGUCCUGGAGCUGUACAAGGACCGUGUGGUGCUUGAUCGUCCUUGGCAAGGGUCCACUGAGCUGCCAUUUGAUUAUGCUGUUGUUGCUACUGGAACGAGGUUGCCUGCGCCGGGUACCAUGCAGGAUGAUGAGAAGCAAUUGUCCAUCGACUACUUCAAGGCGUAUCAGCAGCGUGUCAAGAACGCCAACAGAAUCGUCAUUGUCGGUGGUGGAGCUGUUGGUGUGCAGAUGGCUAGCGACCUGAAGCAAGUGUAUCCGGAAAAGAAUGUAACGUUGGUUCACUCACGGGAUCGUCUGAUGCCGCUGUACCAUGAGAAGAUGGAUGCGACUAUCAGGACCAGGUUCGAGGAGCUUGGAGUCAACUUGGUGACCGGCUCACGUGCUGUGGUCCCUCCCGGAGGCUUCCCAAUUGAAGGCGAGACUCUCGAGGUGGAGUUGAAGGACGGCCGCAAGAUCCCAGCAGAUCUCAUCAUCCCCGCAACUGGACAAAUUCCCAACAACCAAUUCCUCGAGACACUGGAACCCUCACCAGAUCACCAGAUUCUCAACAAGGCGAAUGGAUUCAUCAACAUCCGACCGACGUUGCAAUUCAACGAUCCCAACUACUCUAACCUCUAUGCCUGUGGUGAUAUCGCCGAUACCAAGGCCCACAAGGCUGCUCGACCUGGCAUGGCGCAGGCCCGCGUUGUUGCUGAGAACAUCGCGGCUAUGAUCCAAGGAAAGGAGCCUAUCGAGAAGAUUACGGUUGCGCCUCCCGCCAUCCACCUCACUCUUGGAUUGACGAAGAACAUGAUUUUCCGAAACCCGGAUGUGGCGAAUGGCCAGACGGAGCCAUCAAUCAAUAUGAAGGAUGAUGGUGCUGAGGAUAUGAGCAUUACGAGUGUGUGGGAGAGACGAGGUAUCAAGGUCAAGCAGCCCAGUGAAUAUCAUCUGUGA